AUGAAGCGCGACAUCAGCAACGUCGCACCCGCCACCAACGGGACCCACGACGCGGGUAAAACAUACACGAAUGGCGACCACAACGCCGAAAGCCAACCCCUCGAUAUGGUCAUCGUGGGCGCCGGGUUCGCGGGGGUCUACCUCCUCCAUCAACUGAGGAAACGCGGGUUGAAGGCCAAGAUCGUCGAGGCCGGCUCCGACCUCGGCGGCAUCUGGUACUGGAACCGGUACCCCGGCGCGCGCGUCGACAGCCAGUACCCCGUCUAUGCCCUGUCCAUCCCCGAGGUCUACAAGGACUGGACCUGGUCGUCGCACUACCCGGACCACGCCGAGCUGCGGGCCUACUUCGACCACGUCGAGGCCCGGCUGCACGUGAAAAGGGACUGCGUGUUCGACAGCAAAGUCACGGCCGCGGCGUGGGACGAUGAGGCGCGCUUGUGGACCAUCACGUGCGAGACCGGUACAAGUUUCACGACGCGCUACUGGACCGCCUGCACGGGGUUCGCGGCCAAACGGUACUUUCCGGCGUGGGAGGGGCUGGAUGAGUUCAAGGGCGUGAUCCACCACUCGAGCUUCUGGCCCAAGGAGGGCGUCGACGUGCGUGGCAAGAGAGUCGCGGUCGUGGGCACGGGGGCUACAGGCGUGCAGAUUACACAGGAGGAGAUCGGACCGGAAGGCCACCUGAAGAUGUUCCAGCGGACGCCGAACUUUGCGUGUCCCAUGAACCAGGUCUUCAUGACAAAGGAAGAGCAGGCCAAGCUCGUCGACGCGCUGCCCGACCGUUUCGCCGAGCGGAAUAACUUCUACAAUGGCUUUUUGUACCAGUGGCGCGAGAACCUGACGUUCGACCACAGCGAGGAGGAGAGGCGCGAGUUUUACGAAAUGCUGUGGAAGAUGGGCGGCUUCCGCUUCCUCAUGAACAACUACUACGACAUGACGCGCGACAGCGUGGCCAACCAGACUGCCUACGAUUUCUGGCGUGAAAAGGUCCAUUCUCGCGUGCACGAUGCGCGCAAGGCCGAAUUGCUCGCCCCAAAGGAGAAGCCGCAUCUGUUUGGAGGGAAGAGGUUGUCUCUCGAGCAGGAUUUCUACGACCACUUUAAUAAGCCUAACGUCGAUGUCAUCGAUACGCGAACGAACCCCAUCGUCCGUUUUACUCCCGACGGCAUAGUUCAGGAGGACGGCACCUUCCAUCAGCUGGACGUCAUCGCGCUGGCGACGGGCUUCGAUUCAAUCACAGGCGGACUGAAGGACAUGCACGUCACGGGCGUGGACGGCGUGGUCCUGGCCGACAAGUGGGCCCAAGGGACGUGGACGUACCUGGGCAUUUCGACCGCGGGGUUUCCCAAUUUUUUCUUCACCUACGGCCCACAAGCCCCCACCGCGUUCAGCAACGGCCCCAGCUGCAUCGAGAUUCAAGGCGACUGGAUCGUCGACGUGGUCGAGGACAUGGCGAGGCAGAACCUCCGCAAGAUAAACCCCCAACGACGCGCCGAGGAACAGUGGCGCGAGUUGGUGUUCGAGUUGAUCAACGACACGCCCCGCGGCAAGGUCGACUCGUGGUAUAAUGGCGCGAAUAUCCCGGGCAAGCCGCGCGAGCAUUUGAACUAUGCGGGUGGGAUUCCGCGGUAUAAAAAGACAUUGGAGGAGGUGAGGAAGCAAGGGUAUGAGGGGUUUGAGUUGUCUUGA